GCUCAUCAUGUUCUCUGUAUCCCGCCGUUUUUCAAGCGGCAAGUCGAUCGAGUUUGGCGGCAAUGCGCGCCAGCUGAUGCUCUCCGGCAUUGAGCGGAUUGCCACUGCUGUCGGCGUAACGUUGGGGCCAAAGGGCCGCAACGUCAUCAUUCGCCAACCGAACGGGGAGCCGAAGAUCACAAAGGACGGUGUGACGGUGGCGCGCUCCAUUGAGUUCCACGACCAGUUCGAGGACGUCGGCGCUAAGCUCAUUCGGCAGGUGGCGAGCAAGACCAACGACGUGGCGGGCGACGGCACCACCACAGCCACCAUCCUCGCUUGGAGCAUCUUUGCCGAGGGCUACAAAAGCGUGGCGACGGGUGCCAACCCGAUGGACCUGAAGCGCGGCAUCGACGCCGCCGUCUCCAUCAUCCUCGAAGACCUGGCGGAGCAGACCCGUCCGGUGCGAGACCUGCCGAUGUUGGAGAACGUGGCGACGAUUAGCGCGAACGGCGAGCGGCCUCUGGGCACCUUGAUCGCCCAGGCCGUGCAGUCCGUCGGCGUGGACGGCUUCAUCUCUGUUCUCGAUGGCAACUCGACGACGACGGAGUGGAUGCGCUACGAUGGCUGGAGCACCGAACACGGCUUCGUGUCGAGCGCGCUAAUGACGGAAAGCACCCUCUUGUGCAGCCGGCUGGACAACGCGCUCGUGUUCGUGACGGCGCAACCGUUGGAGGAGGUGCGGGAUGUGGUGCGCCUGCUGGAGGCCUCCAGAGCCCAGCAACGCCCGCUCAUCUUGGUCGGCCCUGCGUUUGCCGAGCCAGUGCUGCAGACCGUCAUUCUCAACCACGAGCGUGGCGUCGCGCAGUGCGGUGUCGUGUGUGUACCAGAGCUGCGGGAGGAGGAGCUGCACGAUGUGGCCGCUUCGUGUCAGUGCAGCGUGGAGAAGGUGAGCUCAAUCGGCUACGUCGACGACGUGCAGUGCCUGCUCGGCUCGGCGAAGCACAUGGAGCAGACAAUGGACAGCACCGUCAUCAGCGGCACCGGCGACACCUCGGCGCGGGUGCGACUGCUGCAGAGUCGGCUGGAGCGUCUCAUGACGGAGGAGAGCCGCGAGGCGAUGCGGGAGCGCAUCUCCAAGCUCAACCACACCUACGCCGUCAUCCGUGUCGGCGGUCGUUCCGCGAUCGAGGUGAGCGAGUCGAAGGACCGCGUCGUGGAUGCGUUGAAUGCGGCUCGCAACGCGCUCGGCGAGGGCAUCGUGGCCGGCGGCGGCGCGGCGCUGCUGCACGCGUCGAAGAAAUUGGAUGAGCUGCUCGCGAACGACGAGGAAAUGGAACAGGAUCGACGCACCGGCGUCCAAAUCGUGCGCAACGCCAUUCGCCUGCCGCUCAAGAAGAUUAGCGAGAACGCCGGCGAGGAGGGCGCCGUGACGGUGGAGAACGUCGCCGAGUACCAGGAGACCGCGAUGGGCUACGACGCACAGAACGGCACCUAUGUGGACAUGUUUGAGGCGGGUAUUGUCGACCCGCUGCGCGUGGUGCGGUCCUGUGUGGUGGACGCGUCCUCCGUCGCCGGGCUGAUGAUCACCACGGAGGCGAGCGUCUGCGACUACCGCCCCCCGGUAGAGAAGACCCGCAAGUGA